AUGCCUGCCUACCACUCCGUCUUCCUCGAUGAGCCAAACCAGCAGCUGAUCGGCAAUUUCGCUCUCCUUCCUCUUCGCACACGCACGCGCGGUCCCGCGAUCCAGCUCCCUGCCCUCCCCGCCGAUGUCUCCGAUCUUACAAUUGAGGCCAACCACGAGUCUUACGACCCCCUCGAUGAAGUGCUUAGCCUCUUCCGCGCUAACACGUUCUUCCGCAACUUCGAGAUCAAGGGCCCUGCGGACCGAGUUAUGAUCUAUGGCAUCCUGUUUGUGAGUGAGGUUUUGAGCAAGGUGAAGCCAGGGAUGGGCAGGAGGGAUGCUGAGAAGGCUGUCAUGAACAUCGCGCUCGACACAAAUUUCUCCAUACCCGGAGAUGCAGGGUUUCCUCUGAAUCAGGCCUUCGAAGCGCCUUCGGAUAGGAACCAGGCUGAGGUGCUGAGGCAGUACAUUAUGCAGAUGCGACAAGAGCUGGCGACGAGGUUGUUGAACAGGUUAUAUGCCGAUGGUGCGCAGGUUCCCAGCAAGUGGUGGCUGAGCUUUACGAAGAGGAAGUUCAUGGGGAAGGCGUUGUAG